UGAGCGGGCGCUGAGCGGGCGCGGGCCGCACCAUGGCCGCCAAGGACAAUCCCUGCAGGAAGUUCCAGGCCAACAUCUUCAACAAGAGCAAGUGCCAGAAUUGCUUCAAGCCCCGCGAGUCCCACCUGCUCAACGACGAGGAUCUCAACCAGGCCAAACCCAUUUAUGGUGGCUGGCUGCUGCUGGCCCCAGAAGGAACGGACUUUGACAACCCCGUCCAUCGCUCUCGGAAAUGGCAACGUCGGUUCUUCAUCCUCUACGAGCACGGGCUGCUGCGCUAUGCCCUCGACGAGAUGCCGACCACCCUCCCACAGGGCACCAUCAACAUGAACCAGUGCACGGAUGUGGUGGAUGGGGAGAGCCGGACAGGGCAGAAGUUCUCCUUGUGCAUCCUGACGCCGGAGAAGGAGCAUUUCAUCCGGGCUGAGAACAAAGAGAUCAUCAGUGGGUGGCUGGAGAUGCUCAUCGUCUAUCCCAGGACAAACAAGCAGAAUCAGAAGAAGAAGAGGAAGGUAGAGCCCCCAACUCCCCAGGAGCCUGGUCCUGCUAAAAUGGCUGUGACCAGCAGCAACAUUCCCAGCGCUGAGAAGAUCCCUGCCACCAAGUCCACGCUCUGGCAGGAAGAAAUGAGGGGCAAGGACCAAGCAGAUGGGGGCAGUGGCAUUGGCCCAGCCCAGAGCCCUAUGCAAGGCCAGGCUGGGGCUGCCAGCUCCAUGAAGGAUCCUGUGCUGGACAGCAAGGAAGAGGAGAGCUCCAUGAACGGAGACCGGAUAGACUGCGGGCGGAAGACGCGUGUCGAGAGCGGGUACUUCUCCUUGGAGAAGACCAAACAAGACUCGAAGCUGGAAGAGCAGCAACUGCCACCCCCGCCAAGCCCACCCAGCCCCAGCACCCCGAACAACAGGAGAUCCCAGGUGAUUGAGAAAUUCGAGGCACUAGACAUUGAGAACGCGGAGCACAUGGAAACGAACGCGUCAGGAGGCGCUGCCCUUUCCAGCGAGACGCGGCAGGGCAGGAGCGAGAAGAGGGUUUUCCCACGGAAGCGGGACUUCACUUGUGAAGGAGCAGCCGUGGGCUCCAUCCUGGAUGUGUCUGCGUCACCUCUGUCCCCACACCGCCGGGCAAAGUCACUGGACAGAAGGUCCACAGAGUCCUCUAUGACGCCUGACCUGCUGAACUUCAAGAAGGGCUGGUUGACAAAGCAAUAUGAGGAUGGGCAGUGGAAGAAGCACUGGUUUGUGCUGACUGACCAGAGCCUGAGAUACUACCGGGAUUCAGUGGCAGAGGAGGCAGCUGACCUGGAUGGAGAAAUCGAUUUAUCCACGUGCUACGAUGUCACUGAGUACCCAGUUCAGCGGAACUACGGCUUCCAGAUCCAUACAAAGGAAGGGGAGUUCACCCUCUCUGCCAUGACGUCGGGCAUCCGCCGCAACUGGAUCCAGACCAUCAUGAAACAUGUUCGCCCCACCACUGCUCCCGAUGUAACGAGCUCGCUGCCGGAAGAGAAAAGCAAAACAAGUUCUUCCUUCGAGACCAGUCCAAAGCCGAGCGAGAAGCCGGAUGUGGAACAAGCUGAGCUGGACACGGAGCAGAAGCGGAGCCGUGCCCGGGAACGCCGACGAGAAGGACGGUCCAAGACCUUUGACUGGGCUGAAUUUCGCCCCAUUCAGCAGGCCCUGGUGCAGGAGCGUGCCAACGCUGCAGACUCCUCCAGUAGCAGCUCGGCCGCCUUCCCCAGGGACACCGGAGCCGCCGACACCGACCCGGGAGAGCUGGAGCGGGAGCGGGCCCGGCGGCGGGAGGAGCGGCGCAAACGCUUCGAGAUGAUCGAUGCCGUGGAUGGGGCAGGGUCAGAAGAGGCACUGAGGAUGGAGGUGGACAGGAUCCUGCCCGUCCCAGCAGACAUCAAGCCACAGAACGUCCACGUGGAGAUCGAGCAGCGCUGGCACCAGGUGGAGACCACCCCUCUGCGGGAGGAGAAGCAGAUCCCCAUCACACCCCUGCACCUCGCCCACACCGAGGAACGGGAAGAGGGGCUGACGAAGCAGCACCUGACCACACUGCUGGAGAAGGAGCUGGAGCAGAAGCAGAAGGAGGCCCUGGAGCUCCUGGAGCAGAACCGGCACCUGCAGGAUCAGCUGAAAGUGGCUCUGGGCCGGGAGCAGAGCGCCCGGGAGGGCUACGUGUUGCAGGCAACAUGUGAGAGGGGCUUUGCAGCCAUGGAGGAGACACACCAGAAGAAGAUCGAGGACCUGCAGCGGCAGCACCAGCGGGAGCUGGAGAAGCUGCGGGAGGAGAAGGAUCGCCUGCUGGCAGAGGAAACGGCUGCCACCAUCUCAGCCAUCGAAGCCAUGAAGAAUGCGCACCGGGAGGAGCUGGAGCGGGAGCUGGAGAAGUCCCAGCGCUCCCAGAUCAGCAGCGUCAACGCCGACAUCGAGGCCCUCCGAAGGCAGUACCUGGAGGAGCUGCAGUCAGUGCAGAGGGAGCUGGAGGUGCUUUCGGAGCAGUAUUCCCAGAAGUGUUUGGAGAACGCCCACCUGGCGCAGGCGCUGGAGGCUGAGAGGCAGGCCCUCCGCCAGUGCCAGCGGGAGAACCAGGAGCUCAACGCCCACAACCAGGAGCUGAAUAACCGCCUGGCUGCGGAGAUCACGCGAUUGCGGACCCUGCUGACCGGGGAGGGUGGGGGAGAGGCUGCUGGGUCGCCUCUCACGCAGGGCAAGGACGCCUACGAGCUGGAGGUCCUGCUGCGGGUCAAAGAAUCCGAAAUCCAGUACCUGAAGCAGGAGAUCAGCUCCCUCAAAGACGAGCUGCAGACAGCACUGAGGGAUAAGAAAUACGCCAGCGACAAGUACAAAGACAUCUACACGGAGCUGAGCAUCGUCAAGGCCAAGGCAGACUGUGAUAUCAGCAGGUUGAAAGAGCAGCUGAAAGCAGCCACAGAAGCUCAGGGAGAGAAAUCCCCUGUGAACACCACUGUAUCGGGAUAUGAUAUUAUGAAAUCAAAAAGCAACCCUGAUUUCUUGAAGAAAGACAGAUCCAGUGUUAGCCGGCAACUAAGGAAUAUCAGGUCAAAGUCCGUUAUUGAGCAGGUCUCAUGGGAUAACUGAAAUGAACCCGAGUCCAGGUUCCCUGCCACAGUCUGAAGGAAGGCCUGACUGUGCAAGAACGCCUGAAGCUUUUUGAAUCCAGGGACUUGAAGAAAGACUAGUUCUCCCCGCUCCGCUUGACCACGCGCACCUCCCAGCUUGAGGCAGCACAGCACCAGCACCGUUUGUCUCUCGUUCCUUACGAUGUCCUCGCUGUCGUUCGUCCUGACGCCCCGACGGGACCCGGCGCCGCGGUGGCGGUGCCCCCCUCGCCUCCCCAGCUCCUUUCCCUGCUUGUGAGAUGCUCCAGAGACUCUGAGAGGGAGAGGAAGGGAUUGGAGUGGGGUUUUCCCCCCCCUCUCUUCGGCGCUUUGUAGGAGAAUCCUUUCUUUACUGUAAACCAUUACACUAAGUGUCAGUAUUAAGGCUCAGUAGCCUGUUAAUAAGCUAUAGCUCUGUCGGGAAGAGCGAGCAGGGCCUGGGUGGUGUCAGCCAGACCGAGCUCUUACUGCUGUCUAGAGACCCCGUGCUCAGAGCACACCAGGAGCCUGAUCUAAUCAUUGAUCUCGACUGCAUUUCUUGCACCUGCAAGGGGGGAAAGCCGGGGGAAGCUGUCGGGGAGCGCGAGUCCGUGCCGGCGUCCGCAGCCUGGAGGUACAACACUGACAUCUCGCUGGAGAAGGAUGCAAGAAGUGAUUCUCCUGCCCCGUGACUGUGCCGUAUCCUGAAUGUAGGUGCCACCGAAGCCUGGCAAGCUUUGGUGGCUGCCCAGGUGGUUGUGGAUGGGGAGCUGCAGCUACUGACGUGCACCAUCGAGUCGGCCCCGUCGGCGCGUCCUCGCUCCCGUCUCGCUGGUGGUCGGAGUUGGUGUUCCAGGGGCCGAGCUGUAAGAUCACUUUCUUGCCUCUGUUAGAUCAAGCCCAGCACUCUUUUUUUUUUUUUUUUUUUUUGCUGUUACUCCCUUCCUCUCAUUGAAUCCUGUGUAUCCCAGGGUCUGUGCGCAUGUGAAACUCCCUUUUCCUAGUCAAAGGAAAGUAGAGUAGAAAGUAGAGCCAAUAUUGACUGAAAAUGCACAGUGCUCAAUGCAUAUAAUGCUCCUUUUUUACCAGCUUCUUGAAUUCAACUCUUCUUGUCAGCAGGGCAGCUCCUAUUUUAAUUCUUUAAUCUUUUCCUGAAAUAAAAAUCUCAAAACCAG